AUAAUGCUUCUUCGCAGGCGUCCAUCUUCGAGAUAAUCAUAUCAAGCACAGACAGGGCCAUCGAAGCUUCCUGUUGCUUGUCCAUACAACGAUUCCCUCCAUACAUCGGCCUGGGCGGCCAUUCUUUUGCCUCCAAACCGCCCAGCAUGGCCCAUAAGGACACCCUUUUCCGCUCGGCGGCCAUGUCCCUGACGCAGCUCUACAUCUCGAACGAAAUCGGUCGUGAGGUCGUCUCUGCGUUGGGAGAAAUUGGCGUCGUGCAGUUCCGGGACCUCAACUCCGAUACUACAGCCUUCCAGCGAACCUUUACGAAAGAGAUUCGCCGCCUCGACAAUGUCGAACGUCAGCUCCGUUAUUUCAAGACGCAGAUGGACAAAUCCGAUAUCGAGAUGCGAAGCCAUUGGGACUUCGACCAGGAUAUGCUAGCUGCACCUCAAGCUAACGAGAUUGACGAAUUGACCGACCGAUCCGAGUCCUUGGAACACCGAGUCAGCAGCUUGAACGAAAGCUACGAGACUCUCAAGAAGAGAGAGGUCGAGUUGACAGAGUGGCGAUGGGUCUUGAAAGAGGCAGGUGGUUUCUUUGACCGCGCACAUGGACAGACUGAAGACAUCCGCCAAAGCUUGGACGAAGACGAUGCUCCUCUCUUACGGAACACUGAGGCUGAAGAAGGCAGAGCUAAUGGCGAUGUCGGUCAACAGCAGAGCUUUGCGGUGAUGAACAUCGGAUUUGUUGCAGGUGUCAUCCCAAGAGAAAGGCUGCCAGCUUUCGAACGCAUUCUGUGGAGAACGCUUCGUGGCAAUCUUUACAUGAACCAGUCCGAAAUACCUGAACCGAUCAUCAACCCGGAGACCAACGAGGAAGUCAGGAAGAAUGUCUUCGUCAUUUUCGCCCAUGGCAAGGAGAUCAUUGCGAAGAUUCGAAAGAUUUCCGAAUCUCUGGGUGCUGACCUGUACAACGUUGACGAGAACAGCGACCUACGUCGGGACCAGAUUCACGAGGUCAACACUCGCCUGAGCGACCUUGCCAGCGUCCUCAGAAACACCAAGAACACCCUCGAUGCGGAGUUGACGGCCAUUGCUCGGUCACUUGCCGCCUGGAUGAUCGUGAUCAAGAAAGAGAAGGCGGUUUACAAUGCAUUGAACAUGUGUUCCUACGAUCAUGCAAGAAAGACCUUGAUUGCGGAAGCUUGGUGUCCUACCAACUCCCUCCCCCAGAUCAGAGCCACCUUGCAGGAUGUUAACGACCGUGCUGGCCUGUCUGUCCCCACGAUUGUCAAUCAGAUCAAGACCAACAAGACGCCGCCUACCUACAACAAGACGAACAAGUUCACAGAGGGCUUCCAGACCAUCAUCAACGCAUACGGCACAGCCAAAUAUCAAGAAGUCAACCCUGGCCUGUACACCAUUGUCACGUUUCCCUUCUUGUUCGCUGUCAUGUUCGGUGAUUUCGGUCACGGAUGCUUGAUGACCAUGGCUGCUGCAGCGAUGAUCUACUGGGAGAAACCACUUUCGAGAUCCAAGCAAGACGAACUCUUUGCCAUGGCUUUCUAUGGUCGAUACAUCAUGCUGAUGAUGGGUAUCUACUCCUGCUUCACUGGACUCAUCUACAACGAUGUCUUUUCCAAAGGCUUCACUCCUUUUGCGUCCGCUUGGGAAUAUCCCGAAGAUGGACGACCGGAAGUUACUGCACAUCUGAAGGGCAGCUAUCGCUAUCCUUUUGGGUUGGAUUGGGCAUGGCACGGCUCCGAAAACGAUCUUCUCUUCAGCAACAGUUUGAAGAUGAAGCUUGCUAUCCUAAUGGGUUGGUGCCAUAUGACAUACGCCUUGUCCUUCUCCUAUAUCAACGCCAGACACUUUAAGUCAAACGUCGACAUCUGGGGCAAUUUCGUACCGGGCAUGAUCUUCUUCCAGAGCAUCUUUGGAUAUCUGGCUUUCUGCAUUGUCUACAAGUGGUCCGUUGACUGGUAUGCUGAAGGAAGAAAUCCCCCUUCACUACUCAACAUGUUGAUCCAGAUGUUCUUGUCCCCAGGCAACGUGGACGAGAGCGAACAGCUAUACAGUGGUCAGGCGGGAGUCCAAGUUUUCCUGGUGCUAAUUGCUGUCAUCAACGUGCCUAUUCUCCUCCUUCUGAAGCCUCUCUGGCUUCGUCACCAACACAACAAGACCGCUGCCAAAGGCUAUCAAGGCAUUGGUGACACGAGCCGCGUCACUCACGCUACGGACUUGGAUGACGAUGACAACGCGGAUCAUCAUACGAACGGACACCCCAGCCAGGAUAACGACGAUGACGAAGGUGCUAUGAUUACCGAGAACAUUGACGACGAGGAACAUGAAGAAUUCGAGUUUUCAGAAGUGAUGAUCCACCAAACCAUUCAUACAAUCGAGUUCUGCCUCAACUGCGUCUCCCACACGGCUUCGUACCUGCGUCUGUGGGCUUUGUCUCUAGCUCAUCAACAGCUUUCGGUGGUCCUGUGGAACAUGACCCUGGGAAGUGCCUUUGGCAUGAGUGGUGGUCUACGAAUCGUCAUGAUUGUUGUCACGUUCUACUUCUGGUUCAUGCUCACUAUUGCUGUUCUGUGUGUCAUGGAGGGUACGUCCGCCAUGUUACACAGCUUGCGAUUGCACUGGGUCGAGGCUAUGAGUAAACAUUUCAUCGGCGAGGGUGUGCCGUUUGAGCCGUUCAGUUUCAAAUUGUUGCUUGAGGAGGAGCCCGUUGACUAGAUGGUGUAAACUGUCUUCCAUGCUUGUCUCGAACACAGCCGAGCAAGUGACUUGGACGUUACAUAUAGUAGAUAGAAGCAUAAUCGAUCUUCACGAG